CUAAGAGCGCAGAUUCGGGGCAUUUCACCUGUGACCGCUGUGUACUGUGGUGUGGUGGUGGUGGUGGCGGUGGUGGUAGUGAAGUGCUCCUACCAAAUCUCUUUCCAAGCUUGUAGUUUUUCACUUCAUACUGCAAAGAACGCCCAUCAUGCGCCGUGACUUCGCGGUGUGGGUGGUGGCGGUGGUGGUGAUGGUGGUGGUGAUGGUCUCGAGGUGUGGGGCGGCAAGAAAGGAAGCGAGACUGACUAUAGAGGAGCGAGAGGAGGUGAUGAGAAGAUUGAAUCGCUUUAACAGAGAUGGCGCCCCGUGUACACCGCAGAAAUUUACAAAGGAUUCCAAGCCCAUACCACCCCUGCCCAACUCCUUCACCACAGAGCUGGAGGUGACACACAAGGAGGAGGGCAAGAUGAAGGUGGUGUAUGGAGCUGAGGCCUUCGAUGGGAUACUCAACAAAGGAGUCCUGCGAUACGAACUGAAUGAGGGCAUUAUCUUAACUCGACCGUAUGACAACCAGGAGAUCAUUCACUACAACUUGGUGAACAACGAGUCACUCAUCAUCACCACAGACACCACCUGCGAGGACGAGGGACAAGGCAACUGUGAUCCGAAGAAGAGCUGCAGGGCUGAAUCUGUGAAGGCAAUGCAGAAGGAGAUGAAGGACAUUUUUGGCCUGGGCCCGGCGAAUGGUCAAACUGGUUACUACGGGAUCAAUGGCAUCCUCCGGUGGCCACUGUCGCAGAGUUACGUGUACCGCGGCAACAUGCAGUGCCGCGGCAUGGUGUGUGACAUGUUUGAGAUAUGCAUGCAGAGUGAGGGCAGCACGGCGCUUAUCACAUACUACUGGUCAUUGCCGGAUUGGACGGUGGACAGCAACAAGGAGCAGGUGCCGCUGGUCAUCGAGGUGACAUCCACGGACAAGCUGACGUACUUCACUCGAGCCGUCAAGCAGCGAUAUGACUUUUACGAGUUUUACAGCAACAUCCGGCCCGACGUGUCCAGGCUGGAGCCUCCAGCAGACGUGUACUGCAAACGACGCAAGAGUGAUGUAGAGCCUCCCAAGAACCCUCGCUUCUUCUCCUACAGCUCCGAGACAGUGUUCCCCAUCACACUCAGCCUGCCCAUUGGAGACGGCCAGACUGGAGACUUUGAGUUCACCACCGCCUUCACCCAUGAUGGUUACUACGACUGGGACUCGAAGAUUGUGAUGCAAGAUUACGUGCCUUGGUACAUCUUGGGACAGGAGUACCGCUAUGAGCUGGAGACGAAAAUGGUGCAGGAGUUUAACCAAGGCCUGACCUACUUCUUGUACCGUCACUUGGGCACCUGCGACAUCCAUCCCAUUGAGAACAUCACCUCUGCCGGGGACGUGGUGGUCAGUAAGAACGGCACUGUCUCCCUGCAGCCGCCCUGGAUGUUUGAGGAUUUAGACGGGCCGUGGCAGUACAAUGGCAUACACAUGAUGAGGGGCGUGGAUGCUGACGUGUGGGUUGGCCAGAAGAACCUCCUCGGCUUCUUACUCCACGAGAAUUACGUUGAAUACUAUGCCUCGCCGCUGGUGAUUGAUGAGCCGAUCUUCAUGGUGGGGCAAGGCGAGGCAGUAAGGAGGUCUGUGGCGCCGGAGGUUCACGUGACACCUGGGGAUCUUACACCUGGGGAUCUGGUUGCCCUGGAUAAAGUCCCUAUGAAGCUGGAACGGUACCUUAACAUUGUUGCAGGAAAGCCUCAUUACAUCAACAACUUCUUCGACUACCAGAGCCAGCCGCCCUACACCCAGUCCAUCGAUAUCUCCCCCUGCUACCCUGCCGACGCCAAGAUGCGACACUUCCUACUGGAGCUUCCCCCGGACAGCCUGAAGCAAGUGAAGGGACUGGAGGACAACUUGCUUCACGCCGCACAGAUGGCCAUGUCAGAGGUGGCUGUGAUCUCCCCGCUCAGGAUAAACAGAGAAAUGCUGGAUGUGAGGGACGACAAGAUCUUCAUUCUGUUCACCAUCCUGCCGCUGCCCACCACUGUAGGAGACGCAGUAGGAGCCAUGCAGGAGAGUGAUCUGGACACGGCCGCCCACCUUAUCACCUCGGCCGUGGACAACUCUAAGCUGAUGAUUAUCGUAUAUCUGGAAGGCGUCAUAUCGUCAAUGGAGCCCGUGUACAUCCCGCUGCUGGCCCGCUCAAUCAAGGAGGUGACUAGGAACGUGGACAAUUCAUACGUUAUUACCACGGACAAGGGCUACAGUUCAGGAGACAUGGCUGGCCUGGCUUUUGGGAUGUUGAUACUGGCUGCCCUGGUGGGUGUGGGGAUAGGGGUGGCCUUGAAUGGAAAGUCAGAAGGUAAAGGGGGCCUGCCAAGAGUCAACCUGGCCCGUAAGUCACCUCUAACAGCUGCGAACUCCAUUAGUAUCGCUUCAGACAUGACUGCUUCUGAUAUUUAGUGUUAAGUGAGGUGGGUGGAGUGCUGGUGUGUGUUGGGGAUUGUUGCUGGGUGUUGGUGGGUGUUGAGAAGUGUUGGUGUGGUGUUGGUGGGGUUUUGGUGGGUAUUGUAGUGUUGUAGUGUUGUGAAGUGACCAGCAUGUGUCCAGAAGCCUUAAAUGGGUCAACACAAACUACUGUAGCUCUGAAAUGUUGUUAUGUAUUCCCCACUGCAUGUUUUCUAUUUAUGUAUCACUGUAUAAUUGAAAUGUGUAGUGGUGUAGUGCAUCUCUCUCUCUCUCUCUCUCUCUCUCUCUCUCUCUCUCUCUCUCUCUCUCUCUCUCUCUCUCUCUCUCUCUCUCUCUCUCUCUCUCUCUGAAUGCUCUAGAUUAAUUUUGUGUUACAUGCAAAGAGAAAAAAAUGUAAAGUCGACAUUGAAAUAAAAGAUUACCAUUAAC